AUGAAGCAUGCCACCCUCUUUAUAGGCCUCCUUUGCGGACUGGUGAUUGCAAAACCUACCAAGUUCAACACCUGGUCUGUUGGCCAGGGAGUUUCCACCACCAGCGGUCGUGUCGUCGGCCACGCUGCCGAGGACGUCCCCGAUGUUUCCGAGUAUCUCGGGAUUCCGUUUGCCGCUGCACCUGUAGGCGCUCUGCGUUUCCAGCCUCCUGUUCCCUACAAUGGCUCUGCAGUCAUCAAUGGCUCAGCAUUCGGCCCUGGCUGUAUGCAACCGUCUGCCACAGAGUACCCUCAAAGCGAGGACUGUUUGUCAGUCAAUGUUUGGACCAAGCCGCAAGUGGGCGAGCGGAAGAAAGCCGUCCUUGUCUGGGUUCACGGAGGCGCUUACUCAUAUGGAAGCGCAAGAGAGGACGGAUACAGCGGCCGUUUCUUCGCAAACGAUUCGGAUGUGGUUCUGAUGUCUAUCAAUUACCGUCUUGGAAUCUUUGGAUUCCCAGGCAAUCCCGCCACAACUGCGAACCUGGGAUUGCUGGACAUGCGACUUGCCAUGGAAUGGAUUCGCGACAAUGCCCAGAAGUUUGGCGGUGAUCCUAGCAGGAUCUCCGUAUUCGGCCAGUCCGCCGGCGCCGGAAUGGCAGACUUUUACGCCUACGCCUACGCUUCGGAUCCCAUUGCCAACGGCUUCGUCCUUCAAAGCGCCACCGUCGUUGGCUUCCCCGCUCUUAGCAGGAACUACACGUCGACGCGGUGGUUUAGACUCGCGGCGGCCGUCGGCUGCGGCACUGGCGUAAGCAAUUCCACUAACCCCAAGCUCGUCACGAACUGCAUGAAGAAUCGGACCACCGAGCAAAUCUUUGGCGCAUUCGGGCCCGAGGAAACGGGCGUUGGCUCUACACCCGCUUUCGGGCCCGGCGUGGACGACAUCCUUGUCUUUGAGGAUUACACCGAUCGUCGAGCUGCCAAGGCUGGGUACCUGAUUGGCGACAAUGCCAACGAGGCGGGACUCUUCCGUUCGAUGCAGCCGAACAGGUCAGACGCGUACUGGAAUGACUUCAACUUUAGGUACUACACCUGCGGUGACGCCAUCAGGAUCAGCCAGGCUGUGAACGAUGGGAUGUCUGCCUGGAGGUACCGGUAUUUCGGAGACUUUCCCAACCUGGCCAUCUCUACCAACCCGCCCAGCGGAGCCUAUCACGGCGCCGAACUCCCACCUGUUUUCGGCACGCUGCCUCAGACGCCGCCCAGCACCGCAGUCGAGCUGGCGACUGCCGAGUUCCUUCGGGGGGCGUGGACGGCCUUUGCUAAAGAUACUUCCUCUGGCUUGCUUGGCUACGCUGACGGAUGGCCGAUUUAUGAUCCCGCUGAGCUGACCCUUGCUCAAAUUGCGCGUGACAACCAGACGGGAACAAAUUUGGGUCUCGGAAACUCGUUCGAUGGGAUUUGCUCAUCUUUGCCGGCGAUUCCUCCUUCCUAG